AGCCGCCGAGGCUCGAAUCCAGAGGUGUGGCACAGCAACGCCGCGCAAUCACAGCUGGACCGAGCACCGGGACCAAAGAGUCAUGCCGUCGGAGGUCUGGGCGCCGGCGCGGUCGCCCGCGAUGGCCUGCGAGCAGCCCGCGGCGUCCCCGGCGCCUGGCCCGGAGCUCGCCGGCGGCGCCGCCACGGGCCCCAUGCCCGACGACAGCGAGCACGGCGGCUCGCCCGCCACCGCGGACGGUGGCGCGGAGGAGGGCAGUCCGGCGGCGGCUGGCCGCCAGGGCGCCGCCGGGUCGCCGGGCGAGGGGGAGGC